AUGCAACGGAAUAAAAUAUUGUGGGUGGUAUUAUGGUCUUUCACAGUUUUUUGCCCUGUUCUCUCAGCAGUCUUGGGGAUAGAUUAUGGGCAACAAUUUAUUAAGGCAAUGCUGGUAUCACCAUAUGCUCCAUUAGAAUUGGUUUUGACACCAGAAGCCAAAAGAAAAGAUUUAUCCGGUUUAGCUAUUAAAAAAUUGCCAUCUAAGGAUGGGACAUCCAAGAAAGUAGAGGAUAUUGAGCGUACCUAUGGUAAUUCCAUUGGUUCUUUGGAAACAAGAUUUCCACAUAAUAUAGCUUUAAAUUUGAAACCCUUGUUAGGUAAGACUAUUAACAAUACUGAAAUUAUUGAUAAUUAUAUAUUAAAACAUCCUGGUGUUAAUGUCACUACUACAGAUAGAAACAGUUUAGCAAUUGCUAUAGAUGGUGUAUCAUAUGCUAUCGAAGAAUUAGUGGCUAUGAAUUUACAAGAAAUUACACACAGAUCCAAUUCUCUAUUGAAAGAAAAUGAUCGUACGGGUAAAGAUUAUGUGGAUAAAUUUGUUAUGACAGUACCAGAUUUUUUUGAUCAAAGACAACGUAUGGCCCUCAUCGAUGCUAGUUCUUUUAUUGAUCGUGCAUAUGGUGCAUAUUUAGUCAGUGAUGGUUUGUCUGUUGCUUUAAAUUUUGCGUAUAAACAACAAAGAAAUUUAGAACCAGGUAAAGAUUAUAAUUUUAUGAUUUAUGAUAUUGGUAGUGGUUCUGUUAAGACCACUUUGAUUAAACUGUCUAAUCCAAGUGAUUAUAAUGAUCCAAUAACAAUUGAAACAAAAGGUUAUGGGUUUUCUAUUAUUGGUGGCUCUGAUUUUACUCUCCUAUUAUCAAAUAUGAUAAAGGAAAAAUUUUUAGCAAAAUACAAUAGUUCUAUUACUGCUGAUCAACUGGAAACAAAUCCCAAAUCUUUAGCUAAGAUUAAUCAAUUGGCAGAAAAGAUUAAACUAGUAUUAAGUGCUAAUACUGAUGCAUCAGGUACUAUUGAAUCCAUAAUUGAUGAUAUCGAUUUUAAUGUUGAAAUUACUAGAGAAGAGUUCGAAUCCAACUUGCAAUCAUUUAAAAAGUACUUAAUAAAUCCAAUAACAGAUGCCUUAGAAUCUCAAGUCAAUAAUAGUACUGAUUUGGUCACAUUGUCUGAGUUGAAUGGUAUAAUUCUAGCAGGUGGAUCAACUCGUCUUCCAUUUGUUCAAAAAUGUUUAAACGAAAUGUUUGAUAUAGAUAAAAUUUUGAAAAAUGUUAAUGCAGAUGAAUCAGCUGUUUCUGGUGUUUCUCUAAGAGGUGUUCAAUUGUUCCAGGCAUUUAAAACAAAACCAUUGAAUGUUAUCGAACGUUCAAUCUAUGAUUAUUCUGUUGAGUUCAAAAACUCUACAGGUAAAUUUGAUCAUAUUUUAUUCCCUAAAGGUACUAUUUACCCAAUAGAGAAAUCAUUCGUGGUUACUGAAAAUGGUGAUGUAAGAAGAAUUAAUAUAACGUCCAAAGAAAAUGGUUCAACUUUAAGUGAUAUUUCUAUUGAUAAUGACAAAAUGUUUGAUUCUAAGAUUUGCCCAUAUGGUAUAGAAUAUAAUAUUACGUUUUUUUUAAAUGAAAUAAGAACAUUAUCUGUCAAAAAUGUUAGAGCUACUUGUUUGAAAAAAGACACUGAAAGAAAUCCAGAAAAGCGAAGCACAAGCGGUGGUGAUGAAUCUCCCAUUACUACGGCAAGUGGGAUUAUUAAACGUAAGUUUAAGUCACCAAUUGAUGUUACUUUUGAGGAAACAGGGUCUAUUAUAGAACCUUUUUCGUACAAGGAUAGAAUUAAACAUAUUAAACGUAUCAAAGCUUUUGAUGAUAAAGAUAAAAAGAGGUUCCAAUUGCAAGAAGCAAGAAAUACUUUUGAAAGUAGUUUAUAUGAAAUUAGAAAUUUCUUAACAGAAGAUGAAGUAAUCUCUAAUGCACCAAAGGAUCAAUUAACAGAAUUAAAUAAUCUUGUUUCAGAAUACCUUGAAUGGUUAGAAGAUGAUUCAGAUGAUGCUACCAAAACUGUAAUUAAUAAGAAGAAGAAAAAGGUUGAAACAUUGAAAAAACAAAUUGAAAAGUAUUUAAAGGCCCUUGAAGAACCACUGGGAAGAGACCAAUUUGAAAGAUUAUUAGAAAUAUCCGAAGAUAUAUUUGAAUCAUUUGAAGUUCAAAAAAAGAUUUCUAAAGAGAAAUUCGACUUAUUCAUUGAAACAAUUUCUGAAAAAAUACCUUUCAACGUUACAGAAGAAUAUAGUAAGAUUGAAUUACCUAAACAUUUAAUGAAGUCUUUUACCGAUUUUAAUGAAACUGUUAUCACUUUAAAUGAAACACAACAGAUAAUUCAAAAGUUGCUAUCAAAUAAAAAGGUUUUUGAUAAGUUAUCUCUUUUAGAAUUGUACGAUUUAAAGGUAGACUUUGAUAGACUGUUGACUUCUGCAGAGAAAUCGAAUAUUUUGAUAUCUGUUGAUGAAUACCGUCUAAAUAAAUUAAAAACUCUGUAUCAUAGGCAAGUACGUGCCUAUACAAGAAAAUUAGAAAAAGAGAAAAAGAAGUUGGAACAGGAGAAUUCGUUAAAUAUUAAUGCUACUAUUGCACAGUUCCAGUCGUCUAAUAUUUCAUAUUCUAAUGUGGUUUCUUCAGAAUUUUCUAGCAGGAUAUCAUUUACCAUUGAGACUCCAACUUCUGAAGAUAUUAUUCAUGAUGAAUUAUGA